AAACAACUUAUUAAAAAAAAAUGGUUCAUAGUAUUUUGACCUUAAAAGCGCUAUUUUCCAUCAUUGGAAUGUCACUAGCCGUUGACGCAUUAUCUUUCGAGAACUUCAUCGACCCGCUGUUAAGAAAUGGGGACGAAUUGAAGCUGGAAGAUCAGCUCUCUGAGCUAGGUCGGGUUCUUGAUGUCGCAGUCCGUAAUAUCUUCAAUCUAACAGUCGGAACAUCGGCGAUGCUGAGCCAUACAAACGCCCUCUUUGUUAUUAUCGUUCUUUCCGGUGUCAUCUUCGCCAUAUUCUUUAUCACCGCCAUGGCAGCUUCCUCAAUUUUUACAGGUAUGAACGACGAAAGUGAAAACCUUGCACUUGGUCAAAUCUUAUCGAGUGAAACGGCUAACAGUGCGGCACGCCUAUUUCUAUCGUACAUCAACUCGACGGCCACCGUAUCGGCUUCGUACGCACUUGUCAUCAUCCUAGGCCUUUCCUUGGCUUUGCUCGCUCUUCUUGGAAUUGCCUAUAUGACAGCAUCAGCAAUCUUCACAGGUACCAGCGUCCAGUCUUAUUAUGGGAAGCGCUCUCUGCCAGAUGACGAAGGAAAUGAACUGAAUUUUCAAUGGGCUCGUAUUAUACAAAUCCUUCAUGAAAUGGACGAGCAUUUUCGUCGCCUAGGAGCUGAACAGGCUGAGGUUGAUUGUCGGAAACGCUUGGUAUGCCGGUUAUUUGAGAAACAUAAUGACAGUAAAGACGACAAUCAGAGGCAGCUCGCAAAUCUCACCACCGAGCUCAGUAAAAUCUAUGGAAACAAUGAAUUGGAUACUGGGCGAUCGGAUACACAGCCAUUUUAUGACAGUAUGAAGGCUUAUCACGAAGCCGCCAAACAUGGAAGAAAAUUCAAAAACUGCGCGACUCUCUAUCCUCAAUGCGAAAGAUACUGAAACCACAUGACGUAAACCAAUUCCUAAAGAUAUUUUGGGGUUCAAAUGACAAGUUAUACAACAUGUGUUUGUCAAAUCAUAUUUCUUGCUCUUCCUCACGUUCACUUAACAAGAACGA